UGAAGUCAAACUAAGCUUAGGGUCGUUUUAUUAACAAUAUUAAUACAAAUCUUCUUCCCUUAAAAAAGUUUAAGAAACUAAUUUUUCUUCCAUAUUUCUGUUAUUCACGAAAGAAGAUUAAAACAAAGGCAAAAUAGCAACAUUUGAUACAUAAUGAGUAAUUAUCCUCCCCAAGACGCCGCCAAGGAAGCGUACCCGCCACCGGGGUAUCCUGCCGCGCAAUACGGAGGAUAUCCUCCACCACAACAAGGUUAUCCUCCACCACAACAAGGGUAUCCUCCACCACAGCAAGGGUAUCCUCCUCAAUACUAUCCUCCCCAACAAUAUCCACCUCAACCUCAAUAUGUGCAACCUCCUCCUAAGCACAAAAAGGAGAGCGGGAGUAGUGGACUCUUGCAAGGAUGUUUGGCUGCUCUUUGCUGCUGCUGCCUUCUAGAUGCGUGCAUCGAUAUAUGAUACCAUAUUGAUAUUGAUGGCCUUGAAUGGUUUCACAUUGUUACGAUUUUGGAUUGCAGAAAUUCUUAAACUCUGAAAAGAAAAAGGGAAUUGUGUUAUUUUCAUAUAUUCAUAUGUGUAGGAAAAGGCAGAUUGUUGACCACUUCUUGUGAAAAAUUUGGAUCGUUGACUUGGACAUUCCUUUUUUUAUAGAAAGUACUCUUAGUGUU